UUGGAAAACUUCAUUUAUUGAAUCUGUGUCUUUGUUUGUGUAGAAAAAGUCGAAGAUGUCUGCCUCUCGCAGAUUGAUUCUCAAGACCAUACUUCUGAAAAAGGCAGUGUCUAUGCUAGUGUCAGACAUUAAGGAGAAGAAGUUGGAGAGACAGAACACUCUGAGUGAAAGAGUGCCACCACUCAAACUGUCUAGUUUGUCUCUGCAAGACCUUCAGGGACUGUGUAAAGAACUGCACCAUAAGAUUGAUGCUGUUGAUGAAGAGCGCUAUGACAUUGCAGCCAAAGUAGCCAAGAAUGACAAAGAGAUAGAAAAUUUGUCACACAAGAUUUUUGAGCUCAAGGGCAAGAUGAAGCGACCUGCUCUGAAAAGAGUGAAAAUCUCAACUGAGGCCAUGCUUGGAGCUCUGCUGGGGACCAAGAUGAAGGAGACAGUAGACUUCAAGUCCAACCUCAAAACUGUGAAGAAGGAGGAAGAGAAGAAAGAGGAGGUGACUGACUGGCGUAAGAACGUGGAGGCCAUGUCUGGAAUGGAGAGCAGGAAGAAGCUGUUUGAUGCUGGACAAUAGAUUUCUGUCAAUGGACUCCAUGUGGUGUGUAAUAUGACCACCAAAGACUUAAGCAUGACAACUGAGACAGCAAGCAGCUAAACAGCACACUAAAAGAAGAUCACAUCCGCAGUCAACACAAUAAGUCAUAAUGCAGUUUAGGGUUACACAUGGUACCUCCCAUUAAUAGCCAUAGCGUGGCAUAGAAAAUACUGUAUCUACCAUGUUUAGCACUUUGUUCUUGCCAUUGUAUUGAGAUAUAUACCCUUGGACCCCCCUGAGUCCGUCACUUCCCAUUACCUUUUUCCAAACAUAUUAAAAUGAUGUGCCCUCUUCUUUAACUUUAGAUGACUCAAAUGUG